GUUGAGUGGACCCGAGCGAACGACGCAGGGGAACAACUCGUCGGACUUGUGCCGUGUGUGCGUCGACAGUAUUCUUUAACCUAGAUGACGACGCUUGACGGUAUAACAGUGUUACCGCGAGUGCAAGUUAGUUAGUUAGUGUCAUUAUUCCGCAUCAAGUGUCGAUAUACGGGACGUGUGCGCCCUCGUGGGACUCGCCUAAGACAAGGCUAAGACCGGCAAAAUGUUUGACGUUUUCGGGUCCGUGAAGGGCUUGCUCAAGCUCGACUCGGUAUGCAUCGACAACAACGUAUUCCGUCUCCACUACAAGGCUACAGUGAUUAUUCUAAUCGCCUUCAGCCUUCUCGUCACCUCGCGACAGUACAUCGGGGAUCCGAUCGACUGCAUAGUCGACGAUAUUCCGUUAAACGUUAUGGACACUUACUGUUGGAUCUACUCGACGUUCACUUUGCCGAACAUUGGCGGUGAGGUCGGUAAAGACAUCGUGCAGCCGGGCGUCGGGGCUCUGAAGGCAGGAGACAAUGAGAAAAAGUACCACAAGUAUUAUCAAUGGGUAUGUUUCACUCUGUUCUUCCAAGCGAUACUCUUCUACGUGCCCCGUUACCUCUGGAAGUCCUGGGAGGGCGGUCGCAUCAAGAUGUUGGUACUCGACCUGAACUGUCCCGUCGUGAACGACGACUGUAAGUCGGACCGCAAGAAACUCCUCGUCGACUACUUCACGUCGAAUAUGCACACGCAGAACUUCUACGCGUUCAGAUUCUUCGUGUGCGAGAUAUUGAACUUCGUAAACGUUGUCGGUCAGAUAUAUUUCAUGGACUUCUUUUUGGACGGCGAGUUCAGCACCUACGGCGCCCAGGUGGUCGGCAUGACGGAAAUGGACCCGGCGGACAGAAUCGACCCGAUGUCCCGGAUCUUUCCCAAGGUUACAAAGUGCACCUUCCACAAAUACGGUCCCUCCGGAAGCGUGCAGCCGUUCGACGGACUCUGCAUUCUGCCGCUGAACAUCGUAAACGAGAAGAUCUACGUGUUCCUCUGGUUCUGGUUUAUCGUCCUCGCGAUCCUGAGCGGCCUUAGCCUCGCCUACCGCGCCGCCGUCGUCGCCGGGCCAAAGCUACGGUUGAUCCUCCUUCGCGCCCGAGCUCGCCUAUCGCCGCAGACGCAGAUCGAGACCAUCGCCCGGAAGUGCCAGAUCGGCGACUGGUUCGUUCUUUACCAACUCGGGAAGAACAUCGAUCCUUUGAUAUACAAGGAGCUCGUUGCCGACCUCGCCGACAAGCUGGAUGGCAAGGACCCCGUCUAACAACCCUAGACUCGAUCGUCGUUUUUGAUGAAUUUUAGAGUUGUCGCGCCAUGUCCGAGGAUGCAGUUUCAAUAUUAACCACUAAUUUCAUAUUAUACACGCGAUCAAAUUUACCUAUAGUUGUUGAUAGAAAAGGAAAGGAAACUAAUAGUAUAAACAACUCCGAGACUUUGGCGUAGGCUCUAAUUGUGAUAAACACAGGGGUCGGCGUCCACGCGAUGCUGCAGAACACUCGAGUUAACGGUAAAUGCAUCAUGGCGAUCGCGUCUCAUUUCUAGAAAACGAUACGUGCAUUGAUCAUAGGUAAUCACUCCAUGUGCGAUCAUCAUUAAGUAAUAUCUAGGAGACGUUUUCAAGGGUUGUAAAACUGCUCCGCAGGAUGCACGCUGUGCGUGUGUCUAUAUAUAUACACAUAUAUACACAUAUAUAUAUGUACAUACACGUAUGUAUGUAGAUAUGCAUGUAUAUGUACAUAUU